GGGGUAGGAGGACGAAGGAGUAGGAGGAGGAGUAGGAGUAAAGUGGUUGUUGCGCUUCAGAUGACGGAGUUGGCUUCGCUCUGUUUUGCAGGGAGAUGAUAGACAGAUGGAGUGAAGAUAUAGCGGAUCUCUUUACGACUAUUUAAAAGGAGAAACAUAUUGCCGGCUUCAGAAAGAUUCUAUUUAACAGGUGAUAAAAUGACUCUACCUUUCUUGGAGAUAUUACCAACCAUAGAUGUGUAGCAAUAUCAGAGAACAACGACUUCAACUCACUGCUGAUUCGAACCACGAUAAACAUAUAAUAUUCUACAAUUUUUGACACCUUUUAAAACUCUUUUAAUAGUAAUAUUUAAAAUAAUCUCCCUCUGAAAAAAAAAAGCCCUUAUAUUUUAUACAUAUUUUUCUGUAAUGAUUCUAGUGGCUUCUAAGAAUCUGACAAUCGGUGAAUUACUGUACUAGACCCUUUAUUUCGAUAUUAUAUAAUUACAGUAAUUAUGACCAGCGAUUUAAAACCAAAAGACUGUGAUAACCAGAAAAAGCGGGGUGAACCUUCUACAAGACCUCAUCGUGAGGAACUUGGAUUUGUUCCCCCGGAUGGGGGAUGGGGUUGGGUCGUAUGUAUUGCAUCACUUUGGGUUAAUGGUUUAGUAUUUGGGAUUCUGAACUCAUAUGGAAUCAUUUAUGUGCCAAUGUUGAAAAUUUAUGGCACCAACGACCCGAAUAUUUCUUUCAAAACAUCCUGGGUCGGAUCUGUUACAAUUGGAAUGACUUUUCUCAUGUCUAUAUUUGCAAGCAUCCUUGCAGACAGAAUUGGAAUCAGAAAAGUUGGAUGUUUCGGAGCAUUACUUUCCACUGUCGGUUUGUUGUCUAGUGCUUUUGUAACCAAAUUAGAACUGCUUUACCUAACUUAUGGCAUCUUAAUAGGUGUUGGCGGAGCUUUUAUCUAUUCUCCAUCACUUGUCAUCCUUGGACAUUACUUCAAAAAGAAAAUGGGUCUUGUGAAUGGUUUGGUGUCUUUUGGAAGUGCUUUAUUUUCAGUUAGUUUCUCUCAGAUUCUACCAGUUCUUAUUGAGAGAGUACAGUUAAAGAAUACUCUGUUAAUUUUGAGUGGAUUAGAGGCAACGAUGGUAUUUUGUGCUUUGACCUGGAAACCGGUGUUAGUAAAAGAAACUGCUAUGAGCCAACUAACAUUGUCAAGUGAGAGUAUAUAUGAACAUGUGCAUGAUUGCUGCUCUUGGACUAAAAAAUACCUCAAUGUGGAUAUAUGGAAGAACAAAGGUUAUGUGAUAUGGGCGCUGUCUUGUGGCAUUUCUUUGUUUGGUUAUUUUGUGCCGUUUGUUCAUUUGAUAAAACAUACCCAAGAUCUUUUUUCGGUUGAGAAAGCUCCAUUCAUAUUGAUGUCUAUACAUAUCACCUCGGGUAUCAGCCGUCUCGUAUUUGGAAAACUAGCCGACCACCCUAACAUCAGCAGAAUUCGCCUACAGCAAAUGGCAUUUUUCGGUUUUGGUACUGUCACAAUGUUGAUACCAUUUUUACCAUCAUUCUAUUGGUUAAUUGGUGCUUGUUUGUGUAUGGGAAUUUUUGAUGGUAUCUUUAUCUGUUUGUUGGGACCCAUAGCCUUUGAUAUAGUUGGCCCAUCGAAAGCAUCACAAGCAAUUGGUUUCCUAUUAGGACUCUUUUCUGUCCCUUUGAUGUGUGGACCCCCAGUGGCUGGCUUUUUAUAUGAUAAAAUGAGGAAUUACAACAUUGCAUUUCAUAUCGCUGGCACCACCCCCAUUUUAGGAUCGCUCAUUAUGUUCUUCAUACCGAAAAUAACUCAGCAAUCAGAUCGAUUACCUAAUCUGGAAAUCCAAGCUAAUACCCUUCCUGCUGUUACACAAGUUGAUGAAUUUGCUGCAGUUUCUUUGACAGACAUGAGGGCACCACAAGAAAAUCGUCCUGUGAAAUCGUCCAAUGUCGAUGUAAUCAUUGUUAAGCCACAAGAUUACAGAGAACCAAUGCUAAUCAACCAUGAUUUAGAAUUAAAAGAAAUUCAAACUGAACAGCAUGAAUCUCCAGAAGACCAGCUUUUGAAUAAUAAGGAAAAGUCUGAAAAAGAAGCUAAUUCUAUCCACUCAUAGAAAAAAAACAAACAAAAAAGAACUAUGGAUUACCUUUGGAACCCAGAAUUAAAGAAAUGCCAUUCAUGAUCUCCAGCAGUCAAUGCCACUUAUCUGUUAAAAUGUUCUAAAUUAUAAUUUUUUAAAAGAUUUUUAUAAAAUUUUAAGCCUUUUCCAUCCAUUGAAGAAACUAAGAGCAGGAAUUUUUUUGACUCUUUAAUACCAGUUGCAGACUAUUUGUUAAAGUUUAAAUUUCUUUUCGUGCCAGAUUCUAUACAGGCAUUAAAAAAAGAGAAAACAAUCCUCACACGAUAAAAAAAAAAAAA